AGCAACAAGAAGCACCUGCAUAAAAGAUGCCACAGAGAGUGAUCACCAGAAAACCUACUCAGAUCUUUACAAGAAGAACAUCAGUAAGAAAGAUAGCACUCUGCUGGUAAAAUCCAGAGGAGGACACAGCAAAGCAGAAUCAUUUGGAAAAGAUGAUACCAGAAACUUUGAAUCCACUGAACUACUACACCAGCCUGGUACCAGACUUGAUACCAGCUGCCACAGUGCCUAUCAUCAUUCUCAUCUGCGUUCUGUUUCUAAUAUGGAAUCAUGAAGGAACAUCAUCAAUACCAGGGCCAGGAUACUGUAUGGGAAUUGGGCCUCUCAUUUCACAUGGGAGAUUUCUCUGGAUGGGAGUAGGUAACGCCUGCAACUACUACAACAAGACAUAUGGAGAAUUUGUGAGAGUUUGGAUCAGCGGUGAAGAAACAUUUAUAAUUAGCAAAUCCUCAAGCGUAUUCCACGUAAUGAAACACUGGAACUAUGUUUCUCGAUUUGGGAGCAAGCUUGGAUUACAGUGCAUUGGCAUGUAUGAAAAUGGGAUUAUAUUUAAUAACAACCCAGCACACUGGAAGGAGAUCCGACCCUUCUUCACCAAGGCCCUGUCUGGUCCUGGCCUUGUGCGCAUGAUAGCCAUUUGUGUUGAAUCAACAAUUGUUCACCUGGACAAACUAGAAGAAGUGACCACUGAAGUAGGAAAUGUCAAUGUGUUGAACCUCAUGAGAAGGAUCAUGCUCGACACAUCUAACAAGCUCUUUCUAGGGGUCCCUCUGGAUGAAAGUGCCAUAGUACUUAAGAUUCAGAGCUACUUUGAUGCUUGGCAAGCUCUUCUAUUAAAGCCUGACAUAUUUUUUAAGAUUUCUUGGCUUUGCAAGAAGUACGAAGAGGCAGCCAAAGAUUUGAAAGGAGCAAUGGAAAUCUUAAUAGAACAGAAACGACAAAAGCUUUCCACUGUUGAGAAGUUGGAUGAGCACAUGGAUUUUGCAUCUCAGCUGAUUUUUGCACAGAACAGAGGAGAUCUGACUGCUGAGAACGUGAACCAGUGUGUAUUGGAGAUGAUGAUUGCUGCUCCCGAUACUCUGUCUGUGACUCUCUUCAUUAUGCUAAUACUGAUUGCAGAGCACCCCACAGUGGAGGAGAAGAUGAUGAGAGAAAUUGAAACUGUUAUGGGUGACAGAGAUGUACAGAGUGAUGACAUGCCAAACCUCAAAAUUGUGGAGAAUUUUAUUUAUGAGAGUAUGAGAUACCAGCCAGUCGUGGACUUAAUCAUGAGAAAAGCUUUGCAAGAUGAUGUAAUUGAUGGCUAUCCUGUGAAAAAGGGGACAAACAUUAUUCUCAACAUUGGACGUAUGCACAAGCUGGAAUUCUUCCCAAAACCAAAUGAGUUUUCUCUUGAAAACUUUGAGAAGAACGUUCCAUCACGCUAUUUCCAGCCAUUUGGAUUUGGCCCUCGGGGUUGUGUAGGAAAGUUUAUUGCCAUGGUAAUGAUGAAAGCAAUCCUGGUGACACUUCUGAGACGGUGCAGAGUACAGACAAUGAAAGGAAGAGGACUUAACAACAUCCAGAAAAUGAAUGACUUAUCCAUGCACCCAAUAGAAAGGCAGCCUCUGCUGGAGAUGGUUUUUACACCAAGAAUCACAGACAAGGAUCAGAGUGACUAAAGUGGAUCAGUAUUAACAUUACAGGGUGUUCACAGCCACUUUAAGAAAUGCCCUUUGUUCCCAGGUAAACAUUUGUUGCAACUAAAACACUACACCAACUAUCCACUCGUUUGCCUACACAACACAACAUGUUCUGGCCAUGAAUUCCAUUGCAAAGUAAUAAGACCAAAUUCUCAAAAUAGUCCUGUUGCCAGGUGAUGCCACACUAUCCCUGACCACUUAAACCAUUGUUCAGAUGAAGUAAUGCCUUGCUUUUCAAACGUCACAAGGUCAGAUAUUUGAAGGCUAAAAUCCCUGCCUGCUGCUUGCUAAAUUCUAAGACUCGUUUUUGGCUUCCAAUUGCCCUCCUCCCCAUCCCCCCAAUGUCUCCAGAUGGACAUAGUAGUACUUAGUGUGAAAGUUCUAAUCAUCUGUUUUUGGAAACUUCUGAAAAGUAUUAAAUUUGACUUUAAGACUAUGAAA